UGUCAGUAUUGUGCUUUGUAGAACCCGUUUUUUGGGGGGCAUAUAUUAUUUUUUGGCAAUAGCUCUAUAGCAGUAAUAAAAUGGGUAACACGUUCCAGAAACUGUUUAGUAGCGAUCCUUUUCCAGCAAGCAAAACUCCAUCUUUUGAUUCGCAUUUUGGCUUUUCGGGUGAACGUAAAAAAAGGGUUGCGCCUGUAUCCGAGGACGUUUUGGUAGGUGCCAGAGUUCCGCUGAAAUAUAGAGAUUAUUGUGUACAUCUUUACUUAGAGGUUGAGAAGUGUUGUAAGAAAGAAUUUCCUUAUUUUGCGCUAUGUAAGGGUGUCUUACAUAGAUAUAAACAAUGUGAAUACGAUGACUAUGUUUUAAGAAUGAAAGAAUAUGAAAGAGAACGUAGGCUUCUACUCAGAAAACAAGCAAAGGAGAAUGCUUUGCAAGCAGUUGCAGUUUAGAUUUUAUAUUACCCAAAGUUGUUCGGAUCUAGAACAUGUAUAUAUGAAGUUUACAUUGUAAAAGUUAUUACAAUAAAGAGUGAAAGGUGUAUAUUAGUAGAAAAGUGUAAAUAUUAUUAUUGUUACUGUUAUUAUUCUCAUGUUUUUCAUAAAAU